UUUUCUUGAUUACCAUGGAAGAAAGAACACAAAAGCCUCACAUCAAGAAGAAGGCCGGCAAGAAAGUUGAGCGUAAAAAGGAAAACAAGUUUUCAAACGCAAAGAAGUCCAGUAAUCCUAAAGCUUUCACUUUCCAGAGUUCUGGUAAAGCCGAGAAAACUGUCAGACGUAAUCAAGAUAUUGGAGAAAAGAAGCUUCACGUUCCUCUUGUUGAUCGUACACCUCUUGAGUCACCUCCUGUUGUUAUUGCUGUUGUUGGACCUCCAGGCACGGGCAAAUCAACAUUGAUUCGUUCUUUAGUGAAGCGAUACACAAAACACAACUUGAAUGACAUCAAGGGCCCUAUUACUGUUGUCAGUGGUAAAAAGAGACGUUUGACUUUUAUGGAAUGCAACAAUGAUAUGAACUCAAUGAUUGAUGUGGCCAAAGUGGCUGACCUUGUUCUGUUGAUGAUUGAUGCUAGUUUUGGCUUUGAAAUGGAAACCUUUGAAUUUUUGAAUAUUUUACAAUCCCAUGGUUUCCCUAAAGUAAUGGGUGUUUUGACACAUUUAGACAAAUUCCGUAACAACAAGACACUCAAGACAACAAAGAAGAGAUUGAAGAAUCGUUUUUGGACUGAAAUUUAUCAAGGUGCUAAACUCUUUUACUUGUCAGGCAUCAUCAAUGGCAGAUAUCCCAAUAUGGAAAUCCAAAACUUGUCUCGUUUUAUCUCAGUCAUGAAAUUCAGACCUCUUAUUUGGCGUAAUAACCAUCCUUAUGUAGUUGCUGAUCGUAUUGAAGACUUGACAGAUCCUGAGCUACUUCAUCGUAAACCUCAUUGUGACCGCACAGUUACUCUGUAUGGUUAUUUGCGUGGUACGAAUCUCAAAUCAAAUAUGCGUGUGCACAUUCCAGGUGCAGGCGAUCACUUUUUGGCUGAUGUGUCUGUCUUGCCUGAUCCUUGUCCUUUACCUGAUAAGGAACGUAAGCGUUUAGAUGAAAAGCACAAGUUGAUCUAUGCUCCCAUGUCUGAUGUGGGUGGUGUUAUGUAUGAUAAAGAUGCUGUCUACAUUAAUGUACCUGGUCAUUUCACAAAGAAAUCAGCUUAUGCUCCUUCUGAGCCUAAAGAAAAUGGUGAAGAUGAAGAAGAAGAGGAAGAGGAACAAGUGAUUCCUCAUGGUACAGGUGAAAAGUUAGUGAUGAACCUUCAAGAUGCUCAGGACACAUUAGCUUCUCAGUUGGAAGAAUCUGAAUUGCGUAUCUUUUCUGGCUCUGCACCUGUCAAGGCUGCUGAUGUAAAAGAAACUUUGGAACAAGACGAAAGUGGCAGAACUCGUAGACGUGCUGUUUUCGGUACUGAAGAUGAAGAUAUGGAAGAAGAUGAGGAUGAGGAUGAUGAUGACGAAGAUAUGAUGGAUGUAGGAGAAGAUGAUGACGAAGAUAUGGACGAAGAUGCGCCUCGUCGCGGUAAAGCAUUGUCCAAGUUCGAUACUAGAAAUAUUCCCAAGAAGGGAGAAAAAGACGAUAAGGAAGACCAAGAAAAUGAGCCUUCUUUUGAAUUUGCUGACAGUGACAGUGAUUUGGGUCAAGGCGAUGAGGAUGAAGAUAUGGUUAUGGUAGACGGUCGCAGAAAGACAGCUGAUGAUGACGACCAAGAUCUUGCUGGUGAACUUCGCUGGAAGGCCAAUCUUCAAGAAAAAGCAAGCGAAAUGUUCAGCAACCAUAGACGCACUAAUUUGAUGUCUCUUAUUUACAACAAUCUUGAUUUGAGUCCUGAAGAUAUUUUGAACGGCAAUUACGACAACGAUACUGAAGAAAAGGAGGAUGCUGAAGAUGCUGAAGAAGAAGAAUUCUUCCAAUUGAAGCGUGAAAACACUACUGCUUCUGCUGAAGUGAUGGACAGUAGUCGUGAUCCCAUUGAUUAUGAAGAAUUAGAAGAAUGGGACGAUGAAGAAACUUUAGAUUCAAUCAGAAAUCGCUUCAUUACAGGUGAUAUUGAUGCUGCCAAUGGCCAAAGUGCUUUCCCACCUGAAGAAGAUGAAGUAGAAGGUGAUUUUGAGGACCUUGAAGCAGAUUCCGAACAAGAAGGUGAGGGUGAAGAAGGCAAGUCCAAGAAGAAAGACAAAGAAGGCAUGAUUCGUGACCCUAUGAUGGUAGAGCGUGAAAGGAUUGCCAAGCGUAAAGAAGAACUUCGCAAGAAAUUUACUGAAGAGUUUGGAGAUGAUGAUGAAGGGCCCAAAAUGGACUUUUACGAACAAAAGAAGGCCGAAAUUCAACAACAACUUGAAGUAAACCGUCUUGAGUUUGAAAACGAUGAUCCUCAAACAAGAGCCAUGGUAGAAGGUUAUCGUCCAGGCAGUUAUGUACGUCUUUUGAUAAAGAACAUGCCUUGUGAGUUUGUUGAAAAUUUUGAUCCUACUUAUCCUAUUCUUGUCGGUGGUCUUUUGCCCACGGAAGAUCAAUUUGGCUGGGUCCAAGUCAGAAUCAAACGUCAUCGUUGGCAUCCAAAGAUUCUCAAGACAAACGAUCCUCUUAUCUUCUCAAUUGGUUGGAGACGUUUCCAGAGUAUUCCUAUUUAUUCCCUUAAUGAUGGUACACGUAAUCGCAUGCUUAAAUAUACACCUGAACAUAUGCAUUGUUUGGCUACUUUCUAUGGUCCCGUGCAUACCCCUAAUACAGGUUUCUGUGCUGUACAGAAUGUAUCCGACAGCAGAAAUUCUACUUUCCGUAUCAGCGCCACAGGUGCUGUUGUAGAUAUUAGUCAAUCGGCUGAAAUUGUCAAGAAACUCAAGUUGACAGGUUAUCCCACCAAAGUUUAUAGAAAUACCGCUUUUAUCAGAGACAUGUUUACUUCAUCUCUGGAAGUUGCUAAAUUUGAAGGUGCCAAUAUUCGUACAGUCUCUGGUAUUCGUGGUCAAGUCAAGAAAGCUUUACCCAAGCCUGAAGGUCAUUUCCGUGCAACCUUCGAAGAUAAGAUAUUAAUGAGUGAUAUCGUUUUUUUGAGAGCAUGGUAUCCUGUGAAACCUCGUAAAUUCUAUAACCCUGUCACAUCCUUAUUAUUGUCUUCCAAACAGAGCUGGCAAGGUAUGCGUACUACAGGUCAAAUCAGAAAAGAAUUGAAUAUGCAUGCACCUCAAAAGGUGGAUUCCAUCUAUAAGCCAAUCGAAAGAAAAGAGCGCCGCUUCAAUGCCCUGAAGGUACCCAAGUCACUUCAAGCUGAGUUACCAUUUGCCAAUAAGCCCAAGAACGCCACAAAGAGUAAGAAGCAAUCCUACUUGAAUAAGCGUGCUGUGGUGCUUGAGCCUGAAGAAAAGAAGAUUGUGACACUCAUGCAACAACUAAAUACACUCCGCAACGAAAAGGAUCGCAAGCGUAAGUUCAAGGAUUCUGAACGCCGUGAAGCCAAUGAAAAGAAGAAGGCUAAAAUCGCUGAAAAGACCGAAGUUAAAACUAAGGAACGUCGUAAAGACUAUUUCCGUAAAGAACAACAAAAAGCCUCUAGAACUGCUAGUUCAGCACAUUAAAAAUUGCAUAUCUAUCAUGAAUAAAAC